AUGGCAACACACAAUAACUCACCCAACAUCGGAUUCUUGCACCGUCGAGGCACCGCCAGGCUCUCCUUUCGAGCCAGGCGGUCAUCGGAGAUCAACCCUAGCUUUGUAGCAAUAGAAAUUUCUCUAAAAUUCAAACACAUAUUUCUCGGGACCGGCGGCGAGGAUGGGUACAGCUAUCAGAGGAGUCUUGGCGAGUCAACCGUUUCCUUUCCUCUCAGCCACGGCUCUUCCGGGCUGCACCUAGACGCCUAUUUGGGAAACCAAUUUCACCGCUGGAUGCCGGCAUUAUCUCCUCGCGUUUGUGGCAUCCUCUCCCAACGUAUUGUGCAUUCUGCGCGGCGAAUUGGAUUUGCUAACGGCGGUGGAACGGUAGUUACAGCUUCUAUUGAGAUCCUGGACCGAGAACGACCGCCGCCUACUGAGAAUAAUGUCGUCGAUUUUUUUCCUCACCGUGAUGUUUCAUCGUCGAAGCCGAGGGGUUUGAGCGCGGAGGAGAUCAACAGGCUGAAGGAAGAGAGGUUUGAGAAUGGCGAUGAUAAAUCGUUGGUCUGUCCUGUUUGUUUGGAAGACUUUUUGGCGGGAGCAAAGACUUCGCCAUUGCCCUGCUCUCACGUCUUCCACCAUGGAUGCAUAUCUUCAUGGCUGGAAAAAUCUGCAAGCUGUCCUAUUUGUAGAUUUGAUGUCGCCAACCAUCUGGCAACAACUUAA